AUGCGCCUAACGGCAGGCAUCCUGAAUGCCGAGGGAGUUAUUACACAAUUUCCCAAAACUAGCGACUUUGGCAUGCCCGGCUUCUUCGGCAGGGAUAUUUCAAAGCUUACCAAGAUGAUAUCUGUGUCCUCUGGACGACCUUGCCCUCUUCGCAAAGCUUUUAUGGCUAACAGUACCGUCGAAAUACUUUGCCCGAGUGACUACCUGUCUACCGCCAACGACGAGCAGACUCAUGCCACCGACCAGUUCAUACAGGGGCUUGAGCUCUCUUUCAAAACUCGACGUUCCAUGAUCUCCAUCGCCAAUCUGUGGAAAGAGGACAUGCCGGACGGUAUAGAGAACAGAGACAUUGCUGCGUAUCUCAAGACCGCCGGGAUCUGCCCACUCAUCCGCGAUUCAGAGGAAGUUUCAGAAGCCUUGGGGGACGAUGACAGAGCAGAAUCAACUGCAUCUAGCUCCAGCCCUGCGUUGAAAGUGCUUGCGAAAUUGGAUUUCAAUAAGCGUAUCAGCGAGGAGAAGCAAGCUGAAUGUGCUCGCCGCUGCGAAGUCUACCGGGACUGGAUCUUGAGCACAAUAUUCGAGACAGAUUCGGAGAACAAGCUAAAAUUCAUGGUCUUCCCAGCGCUGGAGGGAAAAUCAAACCGCGGUGACGAGCCCGAACCGGCAUUAGAUAACGAUGUCCAUAGCCUCGAUGAUCUCCUCAACGGGUACGCACCCACGAACAUGUCUUCUAUUCUUCAAGCGCCCGAGCUUACCGUUGUUGGUGUGUAA